UGUUUGACAAUCAUCUGACAAUUCAAGUUGUAUCAAAAUAUAUUGCAUUUUGCUUCAUUUAAGAAAUAUUUUCAUUUUAAAUAGAUUAUUAAAAAAUAUACUAUUAAUUAAAAAUGGUAGCUAUUCUAGGCGGGGGGCUGGGCGGUCUGUCAACUGCAUAUUAUUUGCUCAAAAACAAUGUAAACAACAACAAUAAUCUCCGGUUACUCUUAUUAGAAGCAACCAACUAUUGCGGCGGUUGGAUCAAGUCUAUUAGAACAAAAGACUAUAUUUUCGAGCAAGGACCGCGUACUAUACGGCCUAAGGGUAUCACCGGAUUGAAUACUUUAAAUAUGAUGCAGGAUCUCGGCCUCAGUGAGCACUUAGCACCUAUUAGCGCAGACCAUCCCGCCGCGAAAAAUCGGAUGAUCUAUGUCAAUCAAAACUUACAUGUCUUGCCUUCAAACUUGAAGGGUGUCUUCCAGAAAAAUUUGCCAUUUUCAAAACCCCUCAUUUAUGCACUUUUUAAUGAUAUAAAACAACCACAUAAAGAAUUACAAGACGAUUCCAUCUAUAAUUUCGUUGAAAGGAGAUUUGGAAAGGAAAUAGCUGAUUACGCCAUCGCACCCAUGAUAUGUGGUAUCUGCGCUGGUGAUGCUAAAGAAAUAUCUGUAAAGUUUCUGAUGAAAACCUUGUUUGAGUGGGAACAGAACCACGGCGGUGUAGUCAAAGGGAUGAUGAGGUCUCUUUUCAAAUCAAAGUCUGGUGAAGAGCUUCAAUUAAGCGAUUUAGCAAAGAAAUCACAAGAAGAGAAAUGGAAUGUAUACACAAUAAAAGGAGGUCUCGAGACAUUCCCAGUGACACUUUGUGAAUUUCUCAAACAGAAUGAAGUUGAUGUAAAUCUGAACACCAGGAUUGAAGAGAUAGAGUUUGUGGACUCCGGUACUGUUUUGUUAAAGAAUAGUACUGGUGAGACAUUAAAGGCGAAUCAUGUUUACUCCUCCAUACCAGCUUAUUCUCUUGCAAAUCUUGUUCAGAAACAGCAUCCUGAAUUGUCGAAAUAUUUAAAUAAAAUACCGUUUGUGACAGUUGGUAUUGUUAAUUUAUAUUUUGCUGCAGAUAAACUUGUAAGCCCAGCAUUUGGAUUCCUGGUGCCGCCUAUAGAAAAUUCACCAAUAUUAGGUGUUGUUUUCGACUCUUGUUGUAUGCCAGAUCAGAAUGGUACAGUAUUAACAGUCAUGCUGGGUGGCAGAUGGUUCAAAGAGAAAUUUGGAGAUGAUGCCACUGAAAAGAAAUUAUUUGAUAUAGCAAUGCAGGAAAUUAAGAAAAUUUUGAAUAUAAAAGAGAAUCCAUCUGUGUACAAUGUUAGUAUUUUGAAUAAAUGCAUUCCUCAGUAUGUGAUCGGGCAUUAUGAGAGAGUAGAGAAGAUCAGACAGUACAUACAAAAUAACAAUUUGCCUAUAUCACUAGUUGGUAGUAGUUAUGAUGGUGUUGGUAUAAAUGAUGUGGUAUACUCAGCAAAGACACAGAUUAAAGGAGACUGCAUAUACAAAUGAGAUUAGACGUAUUUCACAGUUGUGUUCUUUCACGAUAAAGCUUUAAAUAUUUAUAAACUAUUAAUAUAGUAAAUUAUUAAAAUUUUAUAAUUUUUAUAUACAACAGGGUAUUUCUUUUUUAAUGUAAUUAAGAUGCCAUUAUGGUCUAUUUAAUAUGUCCAUAAGGCAUAAAAAAUAAGACUUGAUAUUUUUAUACCAAAUGAAAAUAGGUGUCAAAAUUUAUAGAUUUUAUGAAAUAAAACAAAAAGUGAAAAAAAUAUUUUAUUAUUUGUUUUUAAAUUGAUAUAUUCUCAUCCAGUUGGCUCCCAAUGACAGUAAUCAUUGAAGUAUGACAGUAGAUCUAAGGAGAGUAGUUAUUUUUGUUAGUUUUAUUUCUGAUAGAAAAUUUUAAAUUUGUAAAAUGAACAAAUGAUGAUUAAUAUUAACAUCUAUUUUUAUUGAUAGUUGAAAAUGGUAUGGUAACCCCGCCUGCGCUAACGGGAUAUGCUGGCGUAACACCAGUGAAGGGUGAUAGAUGAGAAUGAAAACAGGCUAGUUAGCCCAUCAUGAUGAAUUCAUAAGGAAUUAACCAUAAUAGUUUCCAGGCGGAACCACGAGGCUGUCGACUUGGUUGGGUAUACGGUGUAUUUCGCACAACGGCCCAAAUGAGAGGCUAAGUGCGGAAAACAGAGUCUUUCUUACAUUGGUUGGGUAUAUUGCUAGCAAUGGGAUUCUCAGUCUCCAUUACUAACACUCCCUUUCCCCCCAUUAACACCUUUUGAUAGUUCUAUUAAGUUAUGGCUUUUUUUAGCUAUAGGAGGCUGUUCCCUUUUUAAACUUUUACAUGUAUAUUUGAGACAGGAUAGCAGUAAUUAUACAAUUUUAUAUGAAUAGGUGUAUUUUAAAUGCAAUAUUUGCCACCACUGCCCUUAGACACUUUCUAUUUUUACUUAAUGGUUAGCUGGUUAGCUCACCAUUUGUUUUUUGUUUUUGACUUGCUUGUAAAGCUUGUACAUUUGCUUGUUUGGUUUGUUGAAAGACACAAAAAUGAUCUUGUUUUUAUAAAAUUAUUAUUACAAUAAUAUAUAUAGGUUGUCUGUAAGAGACUGCUUUUAGCGAUAAGGCCGCCUUUUGUAUAUGCACAUUCUGUAUAAAUACUCCUUGUAUACAUUUCUACUGUGCGCAAUAAAGAGUUUAUUAUUAUUAUUAUAUAUUUUAUUUAUUAAAGAGUAAAAAAAUGUUUGGGUGUUGCAAUGUACAAUAAAACAAAAUUAAGCAUUUAAAUAAUUUAUUGGUUGCUCUUAAAUAUCCUUUGAGUUUUCAGCUACUAUACAAUAUGUGCAAGUGGAUAUAAUAAUACUUCUGUACCAUAUAUUCAAAGCAAUAAUAUAUGAAAAUUUAUAUUUCCUGUAAUGUUUAUAUAUAUUUUGUUAUAUAUUAAAACAAGCUAAAUGAUACUAAUCUUUUUUUUUUUAAUUAUGGUUUUCGUCACUAGUUUAAAUAAUAAAAAAAAAAAAAAAGAUUAGGCAGUGUGGUCGAUGCAGAGACAUUAUUUUCUAAAUUUACCUCUUAAUAUUUUAACUUGAUAAUUUUGCAAAAUAUAUGCUUUAUGGACCAUAAUAAACUAAUAACUUCUACUUAAAUAUUAGACAUUUAGUCAUUAUUGGUCCUUAGAAUAAAAAUUGUUUUUUUUUUUUAUACAACUUAGAAUAGCAAACAAGCUGACGGCCCACCUGAUGGAAAAUGGUAACCAUCGCCUAUAGACAUGAGCAGUACCAUGGACAUUACAGACUAUAUUGUUUCGUCCAUGAUACCCCCAUGCGUUGCCAUUCCUAAGGACUCAGAUGUUAUUCCUCUGUACCCUGUAAAUUCACGCCAUAUCCCACCCUUCAAACCGAAACACAGCCAUGCAAACACAACUGCUUCACGGUAGAAACACGAUUGGGUGGCAUUAAAUUAGAAUUUUAGAUUUAGAGAUAGGUUUAGAGUAAUGGUGCCUCCGAAUCAAUCCCAGUAAGUGUUUACCUGCAACACCGUAACAAACUCAUCCCCUUAUUCAUAAAAUCUAACCCCUACAAACCUAUUUUAACUAUAGCAUUAUCACUUUCUUUCAAAUUGAGAAUAUAA